AUGUGGAUAUUAGCAUUUUUCGGUUAUUUGUCGCAAGUUAACGGAGACGUUAUUGUUAAUUUGGCAAAUGGCCAAGUGCGAGGCAUUCAAUCCGUUACAGAUACGUGCAACACAGAUGUUUGCAGCACGGAGCAUCCUUACUAUGCAUUCAAAGGGAUGCGCUAUGCCCAACCGCCCGAACGUUUUAAAAGGUCUGUUGCAGUGAAGCCAUGGACCGGAAUUUAUGAUGCAACAAGCGAUGGAGCAAGCUGCAUACAAGUACCCAGAAGCAAUCUGAAAGAAUCGGAAGAUUGUUUAUUCAUUAACGUCUAUACUCCAACGUUACCAUCUGAUUCGAAUAUAUCUUUAGCUGUUAUGGUCUGGAUAUACGGAGGAACGUUUAUUUUUGGAGACAGCAAUUACGCUACUUACGGUCCAGAUCAUUUUCUAUUGGAAAACGUAAUAAUAGUAUCAUUGAACUAUAGACUCGGAUUAUUUGGCUUCAUGAGCACCGGUAAUGAUUUGCUUCCGGGCAACGAUGGAAUCAAAGAUUUAGUUUUAGGAUUGCAAUGGAUUAAGGAAAACAUUCAUGCGUUCAAUGGUGAUCCGAAUAACAUCUUAUUAUUUGGUGAAAGUGCUGGGGCGGCUUUAAUUUCAUAUUUAAUACAAUCUCCACUUACAAGAAAUUUAGGUCUAGAGAAGGUUGCACAUGGAGGAGAGUUGAACUAUUUUUGGAAAAAUUCAUUCACAACAUCUACGAAAUUUUCGUCAAAUGAUUUAUUAACAAGGCGUAGAUUGAUAAGACUUUGGACAAACUUUGCUAAAUAUGGUAACCCGACUCCUGUUUUGGACACAAUUUUGCAAAAUAUUACUUGGCCAACAGCGUCUCUAGGAAGAACCAAUAUAAACUGCGACCCAAGCCACACAAAAACUGAUACGAAAGGACGUUGGUUCAAUUCCGAAAAACCAACAAAAAAUUGUGGUAGCUGUUAA